AAAGAAAAUAAGACGAGAUUACAUAACCCAGCUUAGCUUUUCCUCCUUCCACGACCCAAACCCCGCUCCGCUUUGGAUCCAUCUGCCGCUCCGGUUGGCUCGAUUCCAUGGCGGAAACCGAGGCUUCCGCUGGUGAAGGAGGCGGCCUCGGAUACGCGGACUCGCUCGACUCUUGCGACGAGCCCCCCUUCUCCUCCGCAGGCCGCCUCCGCUUGAUGUGCAGCUAUGGCGGACGCAUCGUCCCCCGGCCCACCGAGAAGUCCCUCUGCUACCUCGGCGGCGAGACCCGCAUCGUCGUCGUCGACCGUCACUCCGCCCUCGCUGACAUCUGCGCCAAGCUCUCACGGACCCUCCUCGGCGGUCGAACCUUUUCCCUCAAGUACCAGCUUCCCAGCGAGGACCUCGACUCGCUCAUCUCCGUCGCCACUGACGAGGACCUCGACAACAUGAUCGACGAGUACGACCGCGUCCUGGCCACGUCCUCAGCCGGCGCUGGGGGCGGAUGUUCAUCCGGCUCCUCCCGCCUCCGGCUGUUCCUGUUCCCUUCCAAGCCUGAGAUGUCACCUGCGUCCUCGAUCGGGACGCUGCUGGAUGACUCCAAGUCGGAGACUUGGUUCGUGGAUGCGCUCAAUAGCGUCAUGGGAGGGAUGGAGGUUGACGGCCUGCCCCGCGGCCUCUCCUCCGACUCCGCCUCCGUUAACUGCCUCCUCGGUCUGGAGGAAGGCUCCUCUGUGCAUUCCCGUAGCGGCGCAGCAAUCGCCGCCUGCAGCGCCCACUCGGAUCCACCGGAUCAGCUUGCACUCCCGAGCCCGGACUCGUCCGGCAAGCUCGCCCGCCACGGCCACGAUCUAUACUCGGUCCCAGACUCGCCGAUGCUAGACUCGACUUCCUCCUUUGGAUCGGCCUCCUCCGCUCCUUCUCUGUCCAAUCUCCCGCCCAUCCGCGUCCGUCCCGAUGACCGCCUAUGCGAUCCCGGGAUCGCGGGCCUCGAUGACCACUUCGCCCACAUUAACCUCUCCGCUUCCGUAGCUACCGGCGGACAGAGGCUGCAAGACGACUUCAAGGAGCCAUCUUACGCACCCCAACUGCAACUCCAUCCAUUGAUCCCCUUCUCUGCUUCCUCCGCCUCCACCUCCCCCACCGAAUACCGUAGGAUAGGUUCCGCCUCUGACGACGAGAAGUCGGACCGUGGCGCCAUCUGGAAACCGCAACGGCAGCCUCCGAAACCAACCGAGAUCGACGCUUCCAUCUCCGAUCCUGUUUCAAGAGCGAUGUACUUGAACGCGACGUCUGAUCAAAAAAGAGAACUCUCGGUCUUCUCGGAUCCAAGCUAUGGCGUUCCAAUUCCGGCCACCAAUGCUGCCAGCUACCGAUUGCCCUCGAUGCAGCCGGAGCGGUUUCAGCAGCAACAACUCUACCCCCAGCUACAGCUGCAGCAGCAGUAUAUUCCGGGGAAUCCCCAUUACAUCCACCACCCUUCCGCCGGCGGUGUCAUCCCCGUUCCGUCGUACUUUCCAAUAGCCGCCCACACGAUCCAGCAAUCGCCUCAAGCUCACCCGCACGAUCCCCAGAUUCCCCUGUACUACUACCCCGUUCAGCCGACUCCAUCAUACAAUUUGGCGGCUGUGCAGCCCGGUAUGGGUGAUCCCAAUUCCCUAACAUCAGCAGCAAAACCUCCCAUGGCGGUCCCUCAAGUCCCCGCAAAGCCCGAACUGCCGGCGAGUCUGUAUCGCACCGCUGCACUGCAACCACAGCUGAUUCACAUGGCGGCCGACCAACCCCACUCGUACGCCGGAAUGGGGUAUCGUGUGGUGCAGCACCACCAUGUCUCUCAGUCCCCUGCGACGGUGGCCAACCACGGCUAUGAAUUUGCUGCCGAUCAAAGCCGCCCUCAGAUGUACCACUCUCAGGCCACUCCCUCCCUCGCAUCGACUCCUCAGUGUCAGCCACCGACCUCUGGUAUCGUGAUCAUCGAUGCGAUGGCACAAGCUGACACCAAGGCGACCAGGGCAUCAUGAUCCCAUCGGUCUGCCGCAAGUGGAUUGGUAGUUUUGUUACUAUGGUAUCUAAAUAAGUCCGUCCCUGUUCUGUGUGUCAUCUCGUCACUGAACUCGAGUUUGAUUUAUGAGUCUUGAAGUCCAUGCAGCAUCUGCUCUUGAAGCAGGUAAUAAUAAGUGUUUGAACGCAGUCUCAAGUCUGUUCGUA